AUGGAGGAAGCCGCCGGCAGCUUCACGCCGUCGUACAAGACCAAUAGCAUACCCCCGGUGUCGUAUCGCGAGGGCAGCAGCGGCGCCCGCGCUGUCGUACACGCUAACGUGGCCACCGUCAGCGGCGGCCGUGGCGCUGGGGGCCGCGGCGGCGGGGCCGGUGGCGGCGGUCGGACGCCAUCUUUGGGUCGCCGUACGACACGCCUAAUGCGGGGUCCUUGUAACGCCUAUUCUCAGCUCAGCGGCGAGGCCAUCCUCAAUAGCCCGGCUGCGGACCUCCGGCCGCUACUGGGACCGGACAGCAAGCAUUUGAUCAGCGAGUCGGUUGUCCGUGAAGCAGUCGCCGCCGUAGGCUCCAGACUGGAAGAUGUGCUGCACAAACAGACCGUGAUGGAGCAGCUGGUCGAGAGCAGGUAUCUUUCCCUGGAGCGUCUUCUUGCCUUCAUGGUCAUGUUCCACGCUAUGGCGCGAAGGACGGCGGACUGGUGGCCGCUCACAUUCGAUAUUGCGCGCAGCCAGUCCGGCCUAAGAGUGGCGACAACGGCGGCACCAGUGACAGCUUCGGAGCUUGAGCAGAGCUUGGCGGAGACACUGGCUGGGGAUGUGGUUGAGGCAGCGGCGCGGCGCGGAGAGGCGGCACGGCAGGAUCGUGUACGGCAGAUCCUGACGUCGUACAUCCGCAAACGCGUGGUUGCGCCGGCGGGCACCGUGAACAGCGCGCGGCAGCAGUAG